AGCUCCAUAGUAAACUUGAUCAGUCGAAGCUUCGCAGCGCAUGGAACUCAACAGAGUGAGUUUUAUUUUUCCAAUUCGACUGAAAAGUUUCUUCGCACAUCUUUCUGCUUUUCCCGAUUCCACAUUUUCCGGAUCUUUUUCUCUUUAAUGGAACAACUGGUUUAAAUUUUUAAAGGAAGUACUUUAAAAUGUCGGGGAAAUCCCCACCAGAUGACACACCUUCUAAAGCAGAAGAGCCUGCUCGGAAAAUUUCUGCUGCUACUUUGGAAAAAAUUGAUAACACAAUUUCAAACGUUGUUACAACAUUAGCAAAGCAUGAAAGUCCGUCUGCAACAGAAAAAGACAAAAAGAAAAACACAUUCACUGGAACCUGUGAUGAUGGAUACAGUUCCUAUACGAGUACCCCUAAAUCAUUGGAUCACAAAAACUGUAGUGAGGGUCAACAGGAAAAAGCCUCCCAAUUACCCGAUGGCGCUAUAAUCAUUGCUCUCUCACAAGAUCCAGGCGGUGGCGGAAGUGACAAUCUUGAAGAAAGACCAACAUGGAGCAAAAAAGCCGAUUUCCUGCUUUCCAUUAUCGGAUUUGCAGUCGAUCUGGCCAAUGUCUGGAGGUUCCCUUACCUCUGUUACAGGAAUGGUGGAGGUGUAUUCCUGAUUCCGUACCUAUUAAUGUUAUUCUUUGGUGCCAUGCCCUUGUUCUACAUGGAGCUCGUUCUUGGUCAAUACCACAGACAAGGACCAAUCAGUGUUUGGAAAUUUUGUCCAUUGUUUAAAGGUGUUGGAUAUUGCAGUGUCUUAGUAUCUUGGUACGUGUCAUUCUAUUAUAAUGUCAUCAUAGCUUGGACUUUAUAUUACAUGUUUAUAUCCUUCUCCGCUGAAUUACCAUGGAUUCGAUGCAAUAAUCCAUGGAAUACAGAUCGCUGUUGGGAAAGCAGAAAUAGCAGUGGAUAUAUCAUAGAUCCUUCAGCAGUUUUCAAUUCGUCCACUUUUCGUGCUAACAGAACUUCACCAGCCCUGGAGUUUUUUGAUCGUGCAGUCUUGGAAAUCCAUGAAAGCAGUGGCAUGGGAGAUCUUGGCUCUCCCAAGUGGCAACUGGUCGUCUGUGUUAUGGUAGCAUUCGUUAUCCUCUACAUAGCCCUCUUCAGAGGUGUGAAGUCUCUUGGAAAAGUUGUGUGGUUUACUGCUAUUGCUCCAUACGUAAUUUUAACAAUAUUACUGAUUCGUGGUUUAUUAUUACCCGGAGCGACAGAAGGCGUGCAGUACUAUCUUCGUCCAGAUCUUCACAAACUGUUAGACACUCAGGUUUGGGUUGACGCUGCUGUUCAAGUAUUCUACUCUGUUGGAGUUGGUUUUGGUGUACAUUUAACUUAUGCUUCAUACAAUAAUUUUCACAACAAUUGUUACAGAGAUUGCAUAUUUACCGUUGCUAUUAAUAGCUUCACAAGUUUCUAUAGUGGAUUCGUUAUAUUUGCCUAUCUAGGAUAUAUGGCAAAUAAAGAAAGUUUACCAAUAUCAGAGGUAGCUACAGAGGGGCAUGGUCUUGUCUUCCAAGUUUACCCAGAAGCCAUUGCCACUUUACCAGGGGGACCAUUUUGGGCAGUUCUAUUUUUCACUAUGCUGCUAACACUUGGUUUAGAUAGUGCGAUGGGAGGUUUAGAGUCUGUUAUAACUGGAAUUCUAGAUGAAGGAAGCAAAUUUUUUACGAAGUGGAAAAUAAAUCGAGAAAUUUUUACAGCAGUAGUUUUGGCAUCUUCUUUCUGCGUUUCAAUAGUCAAUGUAACAAGGGGUGGUGGAUACAUGAUGUAUUGGUUUGAUACCUACUCCGCAGGGAUUUCUUUACUGUGCGCCGCACUUUUUGAAGCAAUAGGAGUUGCAUGGAUAUAUGGCUUAGAUAGAUUUUGUGACAACAUUCAAGAAAUGAUGGGAUUCAAACCUGGUUUAUUUUGGAGAUUAUGCUGGAAAAUUAUCAGUCCCUUUUUCUUGGUUGCAGUCAUCGUAUCAGCCGUAAUCAGUAACACAACUUUACAGUAUCAAGAUUAUAUAUACCCUUCCUGGGCGAUAGCACUAGGUUGGACCUUCGCUCUGUCAUCUGUGGCCAUGGUACCCAUUGUAGCAGUUUACAAAUUUUUCAAAGCUCCUGGAAAUACAUCUUCCGAGAAAUUAGCGUACACCAUAACACCUGAAGGGGAAAGAGGAGGAGAAAUUAAAGAUGUCAAAAGAUUUAAAUGGAAACAUUGGGUCUAUGUGUGAUUUCUAUUCAGAGGAAUAUGAAUUGCUUCCAUGCUUAUAUUUGGAAGUUGCUUCCUCCGGUAAUUCCAAGAACAAGAAGUGUUUCAGCUUGAAGAUUACUGCAAUAUUUUUUGCAAAGAAGAUCGUUUAUUGGAGUACAUGCAUAUAUAUAUUUUGAAACAUUCCUUUUGAAAGAUUUGAACAUGAAAUGUUUAAAAUCAUAUAUAUAUAAAUAAAUAUCUGAUGUGCCGUAUCCAAAGACUGGACAAAUUUCACUCAAGUGUUUAUCACAGCUAAUAAUGUCCAUUGAUAAAAUAUCUAAAAGGAACAGUGAAUAUUAGCACUGAGUGUUCUUCCUAUUUCUCAGUGUCAACAAUAUACGUGACUAAUUUGUUUUUCAGCACAUGUAGAACAGCUUUGUACUGAGCAGAAACAAAUUCUAUAAAAUUGUUCAUUUAUAUUGAAAUCAUUAUGUCACAUUAAAGUAAGCACCCCACUUUUCCAAUGGCUUUCAAAAUCUUGAGUUUUCUUUAAUUAUCAAAGGUAUUAUUCCGUCAUUAAUUAUUGGAUACUUUUAUCAAAUUUUUAUUUUGUAUAAUAAGUUCAAAGACGUGAAUAAGAAUUGAUAUUGUGAAUCAAUUUACUAGUUCUUCAAAAUAAAAAAUAUAAAAAUUUUGUGUAGUAUAUUCAGUUAAUAAAUUUAUUCAGGAAUAAAACCUCUUAUAUUUAACAAGCUUCUAAAAAGUUAAGAAAAACAUGUAUUUUUAUAAUCCUCACAAAAUUUUUAAAAGAAAUACUGUAAACUGUAUAAUAUAAUAUCAGUGACAUUUGAAGAAAAAUUUAAACAAUUUUUUAAAGCAUAUAAUUUCUUUUUGAAUAAUUUCGUGCGGAAUCGUCUCUGAAAAUUGAAUUAAAUUAAUUCAGGAAACAAAAUAUCCUCUUCUUUUGCGCUUCUAAGUAUAAAUUGCUUCCUUAUAUAGCUGUUGUAAUUUGUCAUUUUGAUGCUUUUGCAUUUGAUUUGUGGAACUGGCCAUAAAUGCAUUCUUAUAUUCAUAAAUUAAAUCAGACUAUUCCAAAAAAUUCUUCAGGCUAAGUUUUUGUUCAUAGCUUUUAUUAAUAUUACAUUAAUAUACCUGGAUUUUUCAAGAAAAACAAAUAUAUAUCACAGCUUUAAUUUAUGAUCAACCGAAAUUAUUGUUUAUAAUGCACAAAAUUUAAGGGCAACUUCUAACUGCUUUAGAUAGUUAGAACUGCAAAGAUAAAUUUAAACUAUUAGUUUAACCUACAUUAUUCUUAUCUACUUAACUACAGCUCCUACUUAACUCAUAUCUAAAGCGACUCUAAAUAUUUUUUAAUAUCUGAAGCGUUCUUUUGAUAUUCAUUAAGAACUACACAAUUUAAGCACAAUUUAAGUCAUCCCUAAUUAAGUCAUUUCCUAGAAACUAUAAAUAAAUAAAGGGACAACUUUCUUCUUAUAUAUUUGUAUUACAUGGAAUCUCUUUAAAAAUAAUUAAAUUUUUCUUGUUUUUCUUUUCAGAAA